AUGACAAUACGAUCUUAUUCACUUCUUACUGCAUUAAUUCUACUGUCCGUAUUCAAAUUCUCGCGCCAAUUUUCUGAAGAGACGAUCAAGUUUUCGGUUUCCGAAGGUACUCGAUUUCACAUUGAAACCCACAUGAAACAUGUCAUGACCAGUUAUUUGAAGAGGCAAAAAAUGGGGAAUCUUCUACUAGGUAAUUAGGAAGAAAUUGACAGACGAUCGACAAAAAACAGGAAGGUUGUGGCAUUUUGAAAGUGGCGGUCGAUGAGGUGUGAAGAAGGAGAAGAAGCGCCCAGGAGGAAGGGAUAAUGGAUCUGGGAGGGGGAUUACUUUUAGAGGAACUUGUAUUUGAAAGUUCUAACUCAUUUCAUUUCAGAUGCUCCGAUCAAUUCCAUCAUUGGGAAUUUGGAAGCGCAGGAUGGGUUCACCUACCGGCUUUCGCGCGGGAAUUCGAAAAUCAAAUUCGAUGAUCAGACACUAGAAGUGAGAAUUGGGUUUGCUGUAUCUGACUGAAACUUUGUCCGUUUAAGCUGUCAGUCUCCGCUCAUCUGGAUCGAGAAUCGGAAGAUGCCAUCGACAUGCUCGUAAUCACCUCGCCGCCCUCAAUCAUUCACAUCCUCAUCGACAUCCUCGACGUGAACGACAAUGCGCCGAAGUUUCCGUUGGACCCUCAGGUACACUAUCCGUUUUUCAUAGUUUCCCAUCAUUACGCACUUCUCCAGAAAGUGGAAAUCCCGGAAACUGCGCCAAUCGGCUGGCGCGUUUCCAUUUCUGGCGCCACAGAUCCUGACGAAGCGAAAAACGGAACAAUUGGAGGGUAUGAGCUGAGAGAAGCAGUCGAAACGGACGGAACGACGACGCCGCCGCCGUUCUCCAUUGUUCAGUCCGACGGAUUCGUGUUUGUGGAAGUGAGCGGAAGGCUGGACAGGGAGGAAAGGGACCUGUACUCGAUGAGACUGACUGCGAGCGAUCAGGGAACUCCGCAAAGGUAAAGAACGGAUCAUCCACCCCGUUUUCCCGUUUACAACUUCUCUCUUCGUCUUAGCCGUUCGUUCCAAAUGUAGCCGCACAGCAAAACGAUAAGUUUAUUGGUGAUCCGAGAGAUUGGCCGAACAAUCCGGGCGCUCGUAAAAUAGAAAAACAGCCGGGAGACCAUCUGGCCAUUCGGGUUCCAAUUGUGGGUUUGCAACAGAAUCGGCACGAAACCUUUUCGGCGAAAGGGCGAGUUCGACCAUAUGUCACCAUUAGGGCAUCGGCCUUGAGCGCCUUUUUGAUGGGGUUGGAGUGAGCGAAAAAGUGUGUCCUACAGUCUAUAAUAUAACUACAGUAAUCCAAAGUGUGAAUGUAAAUUUGUAAAUUUCUGAAUUCCAAUUCAUUUAGAAGCGCUUCAUGUCUCCUGAACAUCCUCGUCCUGGACACAAAUGACAAUCCGCCGGACUUUGGAACCCGUUCAAUCAGUCUCGACUGGAACGGCCGAUCCUCUGCGGCCUUGUUCCGUUUGAAUGCCACCGAUCCGGACUCGGGAGACAAUUCCGUCGUGCACUACCGUAUCCUGGCACCUGCCAACGAGUACUUCUCGAUCAGCGACGGAGACAUUCUGGUCACCCAAGUGAGUUAUUGUUUGCUCUUCGCAAGGUUUUUGGUCAUUCACACUUGGUUUGAAUGCAAAAAGAACCCUUGAGGAGCGGCAUUGACCCCGAUUCAUUUCAGAAUAACACUGCCGACGCGUGCUCGCCGCGUUGCGAAUUCACGGUGGAAGCCAAGGAUUCUGGAGUACCACCGUUGACGACGACGCUGAAUGUGGUGGUGCACGUGGAAUACGGGAACGAACACGAGCCCAAUAUCAAUAUCAGGUUGGAGAUUGGGGAAAGGAAUCACGCAUCAGGGAAUCAGGGAUUACUUUCAGAUUCUAUCCGGCAGACUUUCCAUUCAUUGUCGUUCAACCGGAAGAUGUGAACGGCAAGACUUUGGCGAUAUUAUCGAUUACAGAUUCGGAUGGUCCAUUAGGAGAUAACGCGACAAUCUGGAUCGAAUCGGGCAACGAGGACUCGAUUUUCUCGCUGAUUUCUCGCCAAUCCAUUAACAUUCUCACACUGAAAAGCGUGGAAAACGCGAAAAAAGAACAGUAUACAAUUGAGUUCGGAGCGAAUGACGGACAGAAACCAACGGAGAAGACCGCUCGGAAAGCCUUGAAACUGUUCUUCAAGAGAUAUGUCAAAUCAACGUACGUUCAUGUCGAUCCUGAGUUUCAUGUGAACGUGGAAAGGGAUACUGUACCCGGGAGCUUUGUUGCUCACGUGCUCACCAACUGCUCCAACAUGUGCCUUUUUGAGCUCCUCGACUCGGAUGUCUUUAAGAUUGACCCAACUAAUGGUAAGAAAAGAGAGCACUACGAUUGUAACUUCUCUAUUUCCAGGAAUCAUCGUGACUUCUGCUCAACUCCCCGAUGACGUGGCAAGUUUUCAUCUGCCAGUGAAAAUCCGUCUCCCUCCUCCAAGUACGAAUCAUUUGGAGACCGAUGUUUUCGUGAAAGUGAUCAAAGAAUCCGUUCCCAAGACACUAAUCAGAACUGCUCAAACAACUGUGAGUUUUAACAUUAAUCUGAUCUCACACUUCGAAUUCAGGUGCAUCUCAAACGUGCCUACACUUUCUCCACGUGGCACAACGUGUCAAUCGGGACUGUCGUCGGCAGACUUCCAAGAGCACAAGUUUACUCCACUUCGGACGUCCACUCAGAGCUCGGAGUCUUCCCGGACGGAGCGGUUUUCGUGGGAAGGCAGAUUGAGAAUGAAAUUGUGACACUACCAGUAAUCCUCGAGGACAGGUCCGUUAUUGCUGAAGACUGAAAGGAAACAAAUCAUUUCCAGGAACACCACCCAAAAGUCCUUGAUUACUGUUAUUGUUGAGAAAGCGAACGACCAUGCCCCCACAUGCCAAACAACGGAAAUAUACGUGCCAGAAAGCACAGUGACGGGCAGUGUAAUCGGAAAACUUCUGGCGACAGAUCUGGAUUCUGGCGCAGACGGAGUACUUUCUUUCAAACUCGUGAGCUCCGACGAUGACGUCAUCUACGUAGAAGGCUCGACUGGAAACAUUAAAAACUUGGUGGAGUUUGACGCAGAACGAACAACCAAUUACACGUUCACAUACGAAGUUAGCGACUACGGUGAGUUGCAGAUCGUUGAAACUCUCUUUGCGAACCAGACAUUUCAGGAUCACCGCGACGAAAGACGAAUUGUACUGGAGUGAUCCACGUGAAAGACGUCAACGACAACGCUCCGAAAUUCGGAUCCAGUUACUAUUCUGCCAAAAUAUCAGGAAAUGCAAACGCAACUGUCGCAAUUGUGCACGCCGACGAUGAAGAUGUUGAAGAGAAGAACAGAAGAGUCCAGUACAGACUUCUGAAUCUCGACACCUUCUUUUACAUCGACAAGCAUACGGGAAAGAUCGAAACCGUUCAGGAUCUUCCGAAAACUUGUCAUCGUGUGAAUUUGACGAUUGAAGCACUCAACGUGGACUCCGAUAACUUCCUUUCGAGCAUUUCAUUCGUUUUGGUCACUGUUGUAAAUUCCACGGAAUUGCACGUCCAAUUAAAUUCCGAGCCAGUGAUCAGAAUCUAUAAAAAUGACAUGCCAGGAGCAAAAGUGGGCAGAAUCGAGAUGACGUCGUCCGAUUCUGUUUCCUGGAGCAUCAAAGAUCCGAGAGUUUUCCUGGAUUCCGCCGGAAAUGUCAUUUUGAAAAAGAAAACAAAGUCUGAGAAAGGAAUCGAAGUCGUCGUUCGAAGCAAUUCUGGAGUGGAGAAAAGAUUCAAUUACACCGUGGAGAUGAUGAAUUCGGAGAGGAAUGAAAACGAACAACUUGUCACCGAAAUUGUCUGGGAUAGAAUGAACGCCUCCAACCAGAUUCUUGAUCUUUCCAAUGAUUGGAAAGGAUGGAAAGUAGUACGAAUCAUAAAUGAAAACGCGGAGAGCAACAAUGAAACGGAGCAGCUCUUCAUGAAGAAUAAGAUUCUUUACGGCUCUAGCAACCUGACCGAUUCUUUCGUGUUUCUGGAAUCUUCCACUGAAAGGUGAGCGACUAGUACAGUUUGCGAUUAAUGUUGUCUUUUGCAGUGAUGCCAUUCCUCACUCAUUCAAAGUCAUCCACGUCAUCACUUCUGCUCAGAAUGAAUCGGGAGUCUGUUCUUCGAGUGUCCAUCUGAUAACUCCGCCAGCUACAGUUCCGAUUCCAGCCAACUGUUCGGACGUCAGUCUCCAAAAUCAGAAACCUCUUCAGUUGCACGACGGAAAUCUUCUCGUUCCUUCCCAGGCUGAACUGAUAAGCCACGUGGAUUUUAUAUCAGAGAAGAAGCCCUUUAUGAUGACGUUGAUCAAGGAUUCUCCGAGCGAAGAGGUCAAAUUCGCAUCGAACAAUGUUCUUAUGCUUCUAUCUUCUGUGCAUAACAUUGGUAAGAUAAAGCAGUGAGUGAACAGCCGCCAUGUCCUCUUCAGGUGCUUCUUUCGGCCGGGUCACUGCCGAUUCUGCGUACCGAAUUCGCUACUAUUUGGUUGGAACUCAUCAGAUUUCAAUUGACGCCGACACCGGAGAGCUGUUCCUGAAAGAGCGAUUCUAUCGGAAUCUGAAUGACAUUCAAAUCAUUGCAGUAAUUCCGACCGGCAUUGCGAAAGCGAAAGUGAGCGUUCCGUUAGUGUUUAUGGGUUGACUUUAUCGUUUUCAGCUGACCAUCGAAGUGAUAGAAGACCGUCUUCAUCUCCCGAAAGCCAACUUUGUGGUCUUUGCCCCGAACUCUUUGAAAUCGGAGCCUCCGAUCGGAAAGAUCUCAAUCGGAAGAGAUGACGUCAUUGUAGAUGUCAUUGAUGAACACUUCUACGUUCGAAGAUCUGAAAUCCACGCAAAGAAGCACUUUGUUCCGCAAUCAAUCUUUUAUGAUUUGCAAGGAAUUGUCAAGAAAGGAAAGCUGAGCGCUCCGAUUAACGUGACGAUUUUCUUUGGAAGUUUCGGGGAGGGUCAAAAUGAGCAACGAGAGAACGAGCUGAUGUUCGAAGUGGAAGAGAACUCCCCGGUGGGGACAGUGGUUGGAGUCGUCCCGAACAGUGAGUUCAUCUGAAUUCGCAUUCAGUACAAGUUCUUGUUCAGAUCACAUCUCAAAGUACCGAUUGGUUGACCAGAACUGCGGAUUACUGAUUGAUCAAGACGGAAUCAUUCGCACGACGACUUCGUUUGAUCGAGAGAAAACGUCGCUGCUGAAGACAAAGAUGAUUGAGCCGGCUGCCAAUCGCAUCUGGGAUCUCCUCGUUUUCAUUGGAGAUGCUAACGACAACAAACCGAAGAUUGUGAAUGCACCCGGGAGAAUAAUCGUAUCAAAAGAGACUAGGAAUGUCUAUAAACUGAUGUGGGAGGAUCCAGAUGAGACGGCGACGGAUGUGAACUUUGCGAUAGUGGACGGAGAUCCGUUUGGAUACCUUGAAGUGCUGGAUUCUGGAGACAUUAGUCUGAAGUCGUUGCCUUCUGAAUCCUUCAACGCCAUCAUCCGAAUCAAUGAUAACCGACCGCCGUUCGCAGUCAACUCGGACGAUGUUACUAUCGAGUUUCAAGUAGUUCCGCAAUUGAAAAAAGUCACUUGUGAAGAUGAGAGGUUUUGGAUAUUCGGCGCAGUUCCAAAAAAGAAUGCAGUCAUAGGAAGAAUGAGAACGACGUCAUCAGAAGAAGUGACUUGGAGAAUUAUUCCGAACUCCCUUCCACUUGCUGAGUUUGUGAUUGAUCCGAUGACCGGAGAGCUUCUCAUGAAUUCGAAUGGUCUUCUGAGCAGCGGGGACGUCUUCAACCUGAAUGUGCAGGUUAUUUCGUAUGACGCCGAGAGAACUGGAUUCUGCAAAGCUCGCGUUACUGUCGCUGAUAUCAGUUCUUCUGAAAGCAUAAAGAUUUCCGAUGAAACAAUGGAGUUCUUUGUUAGCGAAGUGAGUCAUUUUCCAGUAGUCAUUCUCUUAUUUUCUAAUGAUUCAGACCACCGACAGAGGAACUGUUAUCGGAAGAAUCCGUCUGGAGAAUGAGUCGGAUGACGUUGUGUUCCGAAUUCUCAACGACUUCAACUUCACAAUUUCCCCAUUUGACGGCACUGUUUUCACAAACUCUCCCUUGGAUUAUGAAGACGUGAAAAGCUACAAAAUCCGAGUAGUGGCCGAAAAAGCAGGCGCUCCUGCUUCUCAUGCUGACGUUGUCAUCCACGUCACCGAUGAAAACGACGAAGCUCCUCGGUUUAUAACUGGAGACGUUGUGAAUCUGAGAGUGAAGGAGGAGGAAACGACUGUCGCGUAUCCGUUGAUUAUCGGUAGUUCGAUUGCCGAAGACGUGGACGAGGGGCAGAAUGGGGUCGUCACCUACAGUAUUCUCUCCGGAAACACGAGCCUGUUCGCCGUGAACUCAACAACAGGUACUCACAGAUAACUGGGGAAUCAUGUCAUUCUUUGUAUUUUCAGGAGACAUUCUUGCUCUCGCACCUUUGGAUCGAGAACUUUCCGAUCUUUACGAGUUGAUUGUCGAGGCGAAAGACGCUGGAAUUCCCUCGCUCACCGCAACUUCUCGUAUUUUGAUCCACGUGGAAGACGUCAAUGAUAACUUGCCUGAGUUCAAGCAGUCCACCUACUUUGUCAGAAUUCCGGAGAAUCUCCCAAGUGGCUCAAAAAUCAUCCGAAUCCAAGCAACGGACAAAGAUGAAAACGCAGAGCUACAGUAUUCCAUUGGCGACGUGGCCGACAUGAUUCCGUUCCGAAUUGACGUGGCAACUGGAUGGAUUAUUGUAUCCGGAAGGGUCGAUAGAGAAGAGAAGAAGGAGUACGAGAUUGCUGUAGUGGUGAAGGACGGCGGGAAGAGCACAAAGUGUCUCGUCACCGUGAUGGUAGAAGAUGUGAACGACAAUGCUCCGAUCGUUGAAAAUCAGAACUUGGAUGUAUUCGUGCCUGUUGACGUGGCAGAAGGAGAUCUUCUUUACGUGAUCGAUGUGCACGACCCGGAUAGAAACGAUCAUUUGAAGUUCAUCUUGAAUGGAACAGACGCUGACAUGUUCACAGUGACGGAGCACGGCGAGAUUCUCGCUCGGAAGAGGAGCCUCACUACGAAGUCGUUCUUUUCCGUGGAAGUCACUGUCGUUGAUGACGUCGGGCACUCCUCUUCGUCUGAAUUCACCUUCUAUCUACAUCCCAGCAAGGAAUUCCCAGUUUGGAAGGAGAAAAUGGAGUCUGCGAGUGUUCGCGAGCACGAGAAUCAAGAAGUGGCCGUAUUCAAAGCGAAAGGACAAGGAGUACGGUACUCGAUUGUGAGCCGAUGCAAAGAGCAUUUGAGCAUCGAGAGCAUCAGCGGAAUACUGUCUACUAAAGAGACUUUGGAUCGAGAGGAGCUCCCCGAGUGCCCAGUUUUUGUGAUUGCCACGUCAUACUUGGAUAACAAGCCUCUGUCGGUGAUCACGAAAAUGCUCAUCAAAGUGAUCGACAUAAACGACAACGAUCCGAUCUUCGACCAGCAACUCUAUAGCUUUAACGUCACCGAGAAUUCGGGACCGUAUUUGGUCGGAAGGAUCCAUGCGAGAGACGCAGACAGUGGAGAGAACUCGAGAAUUUAUUACGAAAUAGUUGGAGGAGACAAGAAUCACGAAUUCAUGAUAACAGAAGACGGAGAGAUCGAGACUGUUCGGGAUCUGGACAGAGAGACAGAGUCCGAGUAUCGUCUGAUCAUCGAGGCAAUUGACGACGGGAAGCCGAGAAGAAGAGGGAACACGACAGUGAUUGUGAAGGUGCUCGACGAGGAUGACAAUGCUCCUCGCUUCUCCAGAAUCUUCCACGUCGAGAUUCCGGAAGACGCGGCGAUCGGGCUAUUCGUCAUUCAGCUGUCAGCUUCUGACGCGGACGAAACUGCCAAUCACAGAUUCGCUCUGGAGAGCGGAGAAGAAAAUGCGCCGUUCCGAGUUGAAGAAGAGUCUGGAAAUGUGUUUGUGAACGACACUUUAGACUUCGAAAAGGUAUUUCUGAUAUCUACAAGAAAUCAUUUUACAGUGAGGUUUCAGAAAUCAAGUUAUCGGAUAAAAGUUCGUUUGACGGAUGGAGUAUGGCUCAUCGAAACGAGUCUGUUCAUCACUCUGAGGGAUGUGAAUGACAAUUUCCCAUCCUUUGAAAAAGAGGAAUAUUUCAUGAUUUCUGAACAAGUAAGAUAGGUUCAAGUGAAAAAUUACAAACUAAAAUUCUAAUUUCCAGGACAAUCAAACACUUGGACAGGUGAAGGCAGUUGACAAGGAUUCCGGAGAGAACGGAAAAGUUCGCUAUUCGAUAACUUCCCCGUUCUUCCGUAUUCAUCCCAAUUCGGGAGUGAUCACAAGGCUCCGCCCCCUUCCGAAUGCAUUGACUGUUUUGGAGGUGACUGCUGCUGACCACGGAGUUCCACGUCUUCAACGAACAUGCACAGUCCACGUGGUUGACAGAAAACAGUUCAAAACUGUCAGAGAUGAGAAACUGAGAGGAACUGCGAAGAGAGAAGAUGUCAUCGGAGUGGGAUUCUCAAGUUUCGCCGAGGUUUUUCCACGUGGAAGUGCUACCGUAUCCAGCUACGGUCGUUUGAUUUUGAACGCCAACACUGCCUGCGAUCUAUGGAUCCUCGAGAACUCAACAAUCACUUCAUACUCGGUCCUCUCCGACUCCAUUCCCUUCUCGGAAUCACUGAAGAAUGAGACGAUUCACAUAAAUCUAAAUGCCACGUCGCCGAUCGGGAAAACAUUGUGCAAAUUAGAAGUACCUGGAUGCUCACAUUUCGAGCCACUUCCCACAUCAACCAGCUUUGCCAUCGACAGAAACGGCAAAUUGAAGAUGACGGGGAUCGAUGGGAAUGAAUCCGUUUCACUGGAAAUAGUCUGUAACGACGGAGUCUGGCCAAAGAGAAAUCAAGCACGGGAAAUUGUGAUCAAGGUUUCGAGAAGCGAUCAGGUGUUUGUUUCUGCUGGAAGAACACUGAAAAUCAGGAAAAACAGGACGGUUCUUCCGAGAAACAUCGAGCUGAAUGUAUCCUCGGGGACUCAGCCGGGAUCAAUCCUCUGGGAGAACAAGCAGAUGAUUCCGCUUUCGACGGAGACGAGUUCCACGUUCAAUUGGAAGCACGGAGACCUCUUUCUGAAGUCGUCGUUGGAUUCUGAAAAGACGACGUUCGACGUUUUCGGAUCCGGAUUCAGAAGGUAAAAUAUUCACUCUACAAUCUGAGAAGAAAUUGAUUGCAGAAGUACAAUCACUAUCACUCCGCAAGAAGAUUCCCCACCGUGUCCGAUCUUUCCACAGGAUCUUUACUUCUUCGAGACUUCUGGGAACGUGUCGGAAAUUCACAGUUUUGGAUGGAAUUCAGAAGCUUUGAAAUCGUGCCGAAUCCGGUUUCUGAACGUUAAUGAAUUACAAGUAGGCGUUCAAAAGCAUGAUUCUGUUCAAAAAGGGAACUUUUCAGGACCCGGUUUUCCACGUGAAUGGUUCUCAACUGAUGUCUCUGAAGCCUCUGCCUUCGGGGACAUAUCAGUUCUCUCUGGCUGUCGAGUCCCUUCCUGAUGAACAAGUUCGGUCGAAAUGCCACGUCACAGUAACUGUGCCUGUUAUUCCCUCCGCUGACCUCCUACGCUCUCUCCCCUCCGUGAUAUUUUCUCGCGGAAACUAUACAACAUCUCCUCUCAAUCCUCUUCUCCGUCUGCCACUUUCAUACACUUUGGCAGAAGAUUCUUCGUUCUCCAUAACUGAUUCUGGAGCCGUUUGGAGCCGUUCAACUCUGAAGAGCACCUCGAGAAGUGUGUACCGCAUCCCUGUGAUCGAGAAGGGACAGAAGAAGCAAGAAGUGAUCCGAGUGCUUCUGGAUGAGAUUCCGAUGGAUUCGGAGAAUGAGAAGAGUUUGGAGUACCGUAUCACGGACAACAAAAAGGCGAUUCUGAAUAUUGACGUCUCCAACAACAACGUUUCAAAGUGUUUGCCGAGGACGGCAGAGAGUUAUGAAGUGACCGAAAGCUGCCACGUCAUCACGCCCAGCUCUUUUUCGAAUAUACAAAUGCCUGUGACAUCGUCAGAAUCCAAUGCCACGUGGAAUGUCAAUAUCAUCAAUGAAACGUCAGAAGCUGCGAAACUACAGAGAAGUGCAGUUGAACUCGAACUGUUCGGUAAGAAAUCUGCAAUCAGCCGGUUGAUAAAAGAUUUGAGGGACAAUUAUAAUGAUAUGGUGAGUCAUACUCUGUGUUUUUAUGACAAUAAACUAUUUUUUCAGAAGGUGAAUUGUCUUUCUGCGUGGCAAAGUUCGGAAGACCUCAAAUAUCGAGUGACGUUCGCGAUGAUCGACAGGAACGACGUCGUUAUCGGAGCUUCAGAAACGAAAAGAACGUUGAGCUCAUUUCUGGAGAAACACCGACCUAGUUACAUCGAUUUCGUGGGAUUCAGAAGCGAUCAAUGUGAAAGAGUCAUCUGUGCACACAAGAACACCACGUGCCAGACGAUGUUAGACGGAUCGGCCAGACGAUUGAUUUCAAGAAGCGGCGUCGUCGUCUUCGAUCUUCCCAUGAAGACGUUAACCGGACGAUGUGAAUGCAUUGAAGGAGCAGAUUGUGAAGAGAAGAACAUGAAGGAAGUGAUUCAGAAGAAACAAAUGGAUGACGUCAUUCCCGAACACAAAACAUGCGAUGAAAUGGACUGCGGAAGCGACGGAGAGUGCGUCAUGGAUGGAUUCCAACCGAUGUGUCGAUGCAGGGAAGGAAAGUACGGAUUUGAGAGCAUGUACGAGUGCGGAAGUUCUUCCGAAGUGUUUUCAAUGCCUUCUGGACAUCUGGAUAUAGCUCUCAAGAACUCGAGUUUCCUGGAAUGCGCCGACGGAUGCAAAGGCGUUCAGCAGAUUGAGUUGGACUUCCGGACUGUUCAGGGAAUGAGCGAACUGUUUCGCAUCGACUUCGGGAAGCAAAUGGCAUUUAUUGAGGUGAGAAUGGGGUUUCUAACUCUUCAUCCUGACACAUCCGCCUUUCAGGUUCGUUCUGGCUCCAUCAGUUUCUCUCUGUCCGACGAAUUCACGCGUCCCAUCCAAACUCUGAUAGAGAAGAAGGUCAACGACGGGAGAUGGCACCGUCUUCUUUUCCAGAUGUCUGACGGAGGAAAGAAAGUUGCUAUUCAAGUGGACGGACGAGGAAAAGAAGUAAAGUCGAGGCUGGCCCUUCCGAUGAUGUUCACUGCUCGGAAGAUCCAGCUCACGACCGCCAAAGGCUUCUGCUUCCGGCGCUUUCUUGCCCAGAACCAGUUUGUCCAUCCCAUUUUCUCGCACAACAAACUGUUCGACGUCUCUUCGUUCCCUCCCUCCUUCGUCUCCUCCACUUGCCCUUUCGAUCCUCGCAUUUCCCAUUCGAUCGGAUUCUUCUCCAACUUCUCCGACACCACGACACUCGUUCUCCUCUCCGUUCUCGCUUUCAUCAGUCUGAUCGCCCUCUCCGUGUGUCUAUUGGCCAUCAGAAGACGUUGGCGACUGAAAAGCUCAAGUAGUGGAGAGACGGAGCGAAGCGGAUGGAAGAAGGCGACAGAGAUCGACGCCUUCGCCGUUCACCGUCCGCAUCGGGGACACGUGAACCGAUCGAUGGUCAAGUCGCCCGAUGACGAUACUUAUGACGUGGCAAGUGUCUAUGGCACGCAAAUGGUAAGGAAUUCUACUCGUUUUUGUUUUUGACAAUCGUUUAAUUUCCUUCCAGAAAACCACGCCGACCGAUGACAUCCGCCACGUGUACACCACUUCCGCUUCUCGUCGCUAUCAACCGCCGAGUGCUUACCGAAGAGAUGGGCACAUUAACAUGGCUUAUUUGUGA